AUGGAGUCUGGGUCAAGCUCUUUUCGAGUGGAAUUUCCAGAUUUUUCUAGCACCAUUUUACAGAAGUUAAACCAGCAGCGCCAGCAAGGACAAUUAUGUGAUGUGUCCAUCGUAGUUCAGGGUCAUCUCUUCAGAGCCCAUAAGGCUGUUCUUGCAGCUAGCUCACCUUACUUCUGUGAUCAGGUUCUCCUAAAAAACAGCAGGCGAAUAGUCCUGCCUGAUGUGAUGAAUCCCAGAGUGUUUGAAAACAUUCUUCUGUCUACCUAUACAGGUCGGCUGGUAAUGCCUGCUCCAGAAAUCGUUAGUUAUUUGACAGCAGCAAGUUUCCUUCAGAUGUGGCAUGUAGUGGAUAAAUGCACUGAAGUGCUAGAAGGAAACCCAACAGUUCUGUGUCAGAAGUUGAAUCAUAGCAGUGAUCAUCAGUCCCCGAGCAGCAGUAGUUACAAUGGUCUUGUUGAAACCUUUGAACUUGGCUCUGGAGGACAGACAGAAUACCACAAAGUGCAGGAACUAAGGGAUGGUGACAAUGAAGAAGACAACUCUAAAGAUGAACUGUCAUGUCAGCUGACAGAACAUGAGUACCUUCCCAGUAAUUCUUCAACAGAACAUGACAGACUUAGCACUGGAAUGACAAGCCAGGAUGGUGAAGAAGGAACUAGUGAUAGUGCAGAGUAUCAGUAUACCAGACCUAUGUAUAGCAAACCCAGCAUCAUGUCUCACAAGCGGUGGAUCCAUGUGAAACCAGAAAGAUUUGAACAAGACUGUGAAGGAGUUGAUAAUCCUUAUGAUGAACACCAGGUUUCUGAAUCCAUGAAUGCCAUUCAGGCAGAUCAUUCAAUCCAGUCUUCAGGUGUUGAAGACUUUCAUAUAGGUGACAAAAAGAUGGAAGCAGAAUUUGAUGAACAGGCAGAUGAAAGUAAUUAUGAUGAACAAGUUGACUUCUAUGGCUCUUCUAUGGAAGAAUUUUCUGGUGAAAGGGCAGAUGGAAAUUUAAGUGCUCACAGACAGGAUCUUAUGGUAGCAGCAGGCUACAGUGAAGGUAUUGAAAUGGCUACGGGAAUUAAAGAAGAAACGUCCCUCACUGGAUUCUCACAUGCUGAUAAGCUGUAUCCUUGUCAGUGUGGAAAAAGCUUUACACACAAAAGUCAGAGAGAUCGGCAUAUGAGUAUGCACCUGGGUCUUCGACCUUAUGGCUGUGGUGUCUGUGGUAAGAAAUUCAAAAUGAAACACCAUCUUGUAGGCCAUAUGAAAAUUCAUACAGGCAUAAAACCAUAUGAGUGUAACAUCUGUGGGAAAAGAUUUAUGUGGCGGGACAGUUUUCAUCGGCAUGUGACCUCUUGUACCAAGUCAUAUCAAGCUUCUAAAGCUGAGCAGAGUACUACUGAGAUGAACUAGGACAUUAAUGCUACAUUUGUUUAGUACGGUAAGCAAAAUAA